AUUUAUUUGAGGGCACUUUAAAUGCUGGAUUCAUGAAUCUGACAGAGGUUAACCAAACUGAUCACUGCCUGCAGUUUUCCUGUCCAGAGAGAUCUGUGUCUCCUUUCUAUGUGUUUCUGUGUUUGUGUGCAGCAAUUACUGUUCUGCUAACAGUGUGUGGAAACAUGCUCAUCAUCAUCUCUGUGUGUCACUUCAAGCAGCUCCACACACCAACUAACAUGCUCAUCCUCUCUCUGGCUGUGUCGGACUUUCUGGUUGGACUAUUUGUGAUGCCUUUCCACUUAAGUCGGAUGAUUGAAUCUUGCUGGAUUUCUGGGCCUACAGCUUGUCUGUUUUAUAUCUUCAUAUCCUUUUUUGUCACAAGCAUAUCAAUAUAUAAUGUUGCUCUUAUAGCUGUUGAUCGGUAUGUUGCCAUCUUUAAUCCUUUUCUCUAUGUUGAAAAAGUGUCUGUGAGCAACAUGUGUGUUGUGAUUUUGGCUAUGUGGUUUUUAUUAUUUUCUUAUAACUCUGCACUGCUUUACUCUAAUGGAAACACAGGUCCCAUCACAUGUCCUCAACAGUGCUUCACCAUAAUACAUGAGAUUUGGUCUCUGGUUGAUCUUGUAUUUGUUUUUGUUGUUCCCUGUUCUGCUAUAAUCUUAUUUUAUGCUUUGGUUUUUGUUAUUGCCAGGAAACACGCCACUGCUAUUAGAGAGAUUAAUGUUCAGAGUAAAGGCUCGAAGAGCAUGGCAGACUCAAUGAAAUCUGAGAGAAAAGCAGCAAAAGUUCUCAGCAUUUUAGUAAUUGUGUUUCUAGCAUGUUUAAUUCCAUAUUUUGUUAAUACUUUAAUAACUGAUCCCGUACAAAGAAAAUCAUUUCGUAAUGUGGUGACCCUUGUAUAUCUUAACUCCACUAUUAAUCCAGUAAUUUAUGCAUUGUUUUACCCAUGGUUUAGAAAGUGUCUUAAAAUAAUGUUUACUCUUCAAAUAUUCAGACCAGAUUCUGCAUUGGUGAAUGUUCACUGAUUAAUUAAGUGGCACUAAGAGUCAUCACAAUAUUUAGCAAAAAUUAAUUCUAUGUGGAUCAGGCGAGCUUGUCAAGGUGCAUCUCUUGUUUAAGAUUACUUACAUGAGCAUGUGCUACCUGUGCACUACCUUAUUUCUGACAUGCCAGUGCACCUUUGAAAUGCUCUGGCUGAGUUGGGAUGAAAACUUUCUUGCUGGCAUUGCUUACGUUUUCUUUUAUAUUUGAAGAUAUAAAAUACAGGUACAUUUGUUGUUUAUGCUUCAUGUGAUAAACAUGUACUACCAUUUUUAGCCUUGGUUUCAGA